UUCUCAUUUUCAAACACGCCUCGUUCACCUCCUUCGUUAUCACGUGCAGCGCGCUGUCAUUUUUUUUAUAAAAAUUUUAAACACGCGCCCAAUUAAUAAUUCCAACCACAAGUUGGGAUCUAUUCGCAGAUAAAUCAAUUUUAAUCCAGAAGGAGCAGCUGCAAGAUUUCGGAGCUCAGAUCCAAAGUUCGAGAAGGGAGAGAAAAUGGCAGUUGAUCACCCUUACAUCCCGAGGGAUCUCGAGCUUCCGGGAUUCCUUCCGAUAUCUUUGACUCAAUCCGAUAUUCUCGUCCCUUAUAUCGGCGCUUCUCUUCUCGGCGUCGCCGUCGUCUGGAUCAUCUCAGGGCGUUUCCCCAAGAUAUCUAAGACAGAAAGAUUGCUUAUGUGUUGGUGGGCAUUUACGGGCUUGACUCACAUUAUCCUCGAGGGCUAUUUUGCUUUCACUCCAGAUUUCUAUAAGAAGACACCUUUCCUGGCUGAACUUUGGAAAGAGUACAGCAAGGGUGACUCGAGAUAUGUAGGAAGAGAUGCCGCAGUUGUAACGGUUGAAGGAAUUACUGCUGCCAUAGAGGGUCCAGCUUGCCUUCUUGCUGUGUACGCCAUUGCUACGAGGAAGCCAUAUAAUUAUACCCUCCAGCUUGCAAUCUCUCUCGGUCAGCUUUACGGAUGCUUAGUUUACUUCAUAACAGCCUUUCUUUUGGGUGACAACUUCUCAACCAGCCCAUACUACUAUUGGGCAUAUUAUAUCGGGGCAAACAGCUCUUGGGUUGUGAUACCAUCUCUCAUUGUUAUGAGAAGUUGGAAGAAGAUAAGCUCCGCAGUUCAUGCCGAGAAAAAGAUGAAGACCGGAUAAAAUUAUAUACAUUUGCUUGGUUUCCUCUCCUGCUGAUUUAGUAAGUUGGAAGUUGGAAAAGGCCAGGGUCCGUGACAAUAAGCCGUGACAAUAAGCUUUGCUUUUCCUUAUUUAUGCCGCUGUUUAUCUUGAACUAUUGUUUAGGUUCGAUGUGAUUCAGCCCGACAUUUGAAUUGUUUAGUGUCUAUCAAGAAUUUGUAUUGUUAUAUGCGUCUUUGGAACAGUGUAUUAUGUAGUGGAUCUGCAUUUGAAAUUAGUGCUUUUAAUAGACCAUUAUUAUGUUUGUUAGCAAAUUAAAAUAUAGAAUUGAGAA